AUGUAGUUUAAUUACUAAUAAUUUUUAAACUAGGAAUAAUAAAAUAAUACACUUUUAAUUAAUCCGUAUUAUAAUUCUUAAGAUUAUAAACUAUUAGUUAUUUAUGGAUAAGAAAUAAUUUUUAAAACAUUUAAUAGAUUAUUAUAACUAUUAAAAACUUUCUUGAGUGAUGAGAAAGAAUCAAAAAAAUAAUUAAUAUUGAAUUUAUUUAUAGGAAUAGGAAUACCCAUCAUGAUAAUACUAAUCCUUUUGUCUGCUUUGUAAAUGAUUCUAUUGAAAUAAAUGGUAAGGAGAAUAAUGCUUUCUCUAACCUUUCUGCCAACAUUUAAGUUUUAGGAUAAGAUUGUAUUGUUUCUAAUUAAGGCAAUCCUUAAAAUUUGA